ACGAGCCGCUGGUCGCUGAGUCGAGCGAAGCCUCUCCGCUUUCGCUUCCCCAACCAGGCUCGGGCGCCGUUUCGUGGGAGCCACCGCCAUGGCGACCUCUCCUCAGAAAUCGCCGUCUUCCCCCAAGUCUCCGACCCCCAAAUCGCCCCCUUCUCGGAAGAAAGAUGACUCCUUCCUCGGAAAGCUCGGAGGCACCCUGGCCAGGAGGAAAAAAGCCAAAGAAGUGUCUGAACUACAGGAAGAAGGAAUAAAUGCCAUAAAUUUACCACUCAGUCCAAUUUCUUUUGAAUUAGAUCCGGAAGAUACUAUGUUAGAGGAAAAUGAAGUCCGAACAAUGAUUGAUCCCAAUUCAAGAAGUGACCCAAAACUACAGGAGCUAAUGAAGGUGUUAAUAGACUGGAUUAACGAUGUGUUAGUAGGAGAAAGAAUAAUUGUAAAAGAUCUGGCUGAAGACAUGUAUGAUGGACAAGUACUGCAAAAACUCUUUGAGAAGCUUGAGAGUGAGAAACUCAAUGUGGCUGAAGUCACACAGUCUGAAAUAGCUCAGAAACAGAAGCUACAGACAGUCCUUGAAAAGAUCAAUGAAACCCUUAAGCUUCCUCCAAGGAGCAUCAAAUGGAAUGUGGACUCUGUCCAUGCAAAAAGCCUGGUUGCAAUACUGCAUCUUUUGGUUGCAUUGUCGCAGUAUUUUCGGGCCCCAAUCAGGCUGCCAGAUCACGUGUCUAUUCAGGUUGUGGUUGUCCAGAAGCGAGAAGGAAUCCUCCAGUCCCGACAGAUCCAAGAGGAAAUAACUGGCAAUACUGAGGCAAUGUCAGGACGGCAUGAACGAGAUGCAUUUGACACACUGUUUGACCAUGCCCCAGACAAGCUCAAUGUUGUGAAAAAGACUCUCAUUACUUUUGUGAAUAAGCACCUCAAUAAGCUGAAUCUGGAAGUUACAGAACUAGAAACUCAGUUUGCAGAUGGUGUAUAUCUGGUGCUCCUGAUGGGUCUUCUUGAAGGUUAUUUUGUGCCUCUUCACAGCUUCUUCCUAACUCCUGACAGUUUUGAACAAAAGGUACUCAAUGUCUCAUUUGCAUUUGAGUUAAUGCAAGAUGGAGGGCUGGAAAAACCAAAACCAAGGCCAGAAGACAUUGUCAACUGUGACUUGAAGUCAACGCUGAGAGUGCUCUACAAUCUGUUCACCAAAUACAGAAACUUGGAAUGAAGAAAAAGCACAUCAGGAAGCCACGGGUGGCAAAAUUGGAACCAAACAAAAAAGCUCGCCUUUCUUUGCCGUCAUUCUCAAUUUACACUACACUUUCUUCAAAAGAAAGGGCACUGCUUCUUGGAAUGUUCUCUGUUAUUAAAUUUCAAUAUUUUUAUUAGGACAAUUUGAAUUCAGAAAUAUUAGAAAGUGAAAUCUGCUGGAAGGUAAUAGGUUUGAUUGGGAAAAAAGCAGGUUGCUAGGUGAAUUAACUCUUGGUUUUAACUGCCUUUUAGUUUCUUAGAGAAUAAGCACCAGGCACAAAUCCUGAUCCACAACCAAGCUAAGCUAAAUUACUGCCAAACAAGAAAUAAGAAUCUGCUCCAAUGAGCUAUUUGGAGGAAACCUCAUGCAUACUGUUUUUAUAUAUCUGUGGAGGAUCUGUUUCCUUGUGCAAGACACUGUUUCAUUUGCCCAAACUUCUCUAAUGCUUCUCCCUUUUGCCAUGGGGUUCCUCCCUGCCACACUAAGGACAUAAUUGGAGACUCAGACUUUGACUGCAUUGGGCUUUUUUCAUCAGUACUGGAGCUGAAACAUAGUUCUAGUCUAUACUGUUUUUCCCUUAUAGUCACAGAGGUCAUGACUGAUAGGAACAAUAUCCCCCUUAUUUAUAGCAGCACCCAAAAACUUUUAGCAUUCAUGCCACAAAUUGCUCUUUAAGGUAUAGAUGGUCCAUGGAAUGAUAUAAGUUGAAAUUUGCCAGUUUAAUUAAGUUAUGGAUUCUACUGCAUAUUCUCUCCUCCCUCCCCUCCUUCUGCAUGUUGAAUGUUUAUUUGGGGCAAAUGAUCAUUUUAUUUAUGAUUCAAAGGACAUGAGGAAGGGAAGGAGGGAGCGGAAAGAAGAGGGAGAGAGAGACCAUGUAUAUAAUUUGAUGAUGCAAAUAAAACAACUUGUGUCACUAUAUGGGGCCAAUCUUUUGUUCCCAUUAUAUACAUUCCACAUAUUUUUUUCAUUCCUAUAAAGUCUGCAUGAAUAUAUGCAACUGUGCACUUAAAAUAAUAUACAUUAUAGUGUCUUUGGUAGUAAAAUAAUCUUGUUUACUUGCAAAGACUGAGGUACGAAAUAUGCACAUACUUUAAAAGUGUGGAAAAUAUACAGCAAGAAAGUCAAUACGGUUCCAUAAAAGUUUGGAAAUAUAGCGUGGGUUCGUUCUGUCAGGGUACUGAAAGAAAAUAAAAAUAAGCUUUGUUUACUUAAUGAUAAUGAAAAGGAAAGAAUAUAAUUGAUAACAGUAAGAUAGAUUUAAAGAAAUACAAAAGAAAUAACAAAAACACAGAAAGAGAAGUGUUUAUGUUUAACUUGUUUUCUGAAUACCUCAGAUGAAUGAGAAAUUCUAAACAUUUACAGAAAACCAGACAAUGCUGUACUGUUGGUUUUGAGCAACAGAAUUAGCUUGCAUACAGAAAAGUAUAAAUUUUUAGUAUAAUAUAUUUUUUAUUCAACUUGAUUUACACUUAUUUUGUAUUGAAAUUUUAGAGCAGUUUAAAAAUGU